AUGAAUGACGAAAACCGAUCCUUGCAACAAGAGGAAUUCCUUGCACUGACAUCAAUUUUUGGAACUGAUUCAUUUAAAGCUAACAAUAUCGACGAAUUAGCAGAAGAAUUCCAAUCCUAUACUUUUAAAUUAUCUUUAGAAAAUGAACCUACAUCUAGUUCCCAGUCAAACCGUUCAGAGAAUUCACUUACAUUGCAAUUCUAUCUUCCACAAGAUUACCCUUCUUCUUCACAACCGACAUAUGAAAUAACAAGUUUAUACUGUGGAACUUUAAAGAUUGAUGAUAAAUUAAGAAAUAAGAUUGACGAAAAAUUUAAAGAAUUAUUUGUUCCGGGACAAGUUGUACUUUUUGAAUGGAUCGAAUUUUUAAGAGAAUUUAUGCAGCAAACACUUGAACAACAGCUUGCCAAAAAAAUGCAAGAAGAGGAAAUUAAAGAAGAAUUAAUGCUCGAAGAUGAAAUAAUAACAGAAGAGUAUGAAGAACAAAACCUUCGAGAUGAAUCAAAACAAAUCGCGGAUUUCCCCAAUAUAAAAUCAGGGGAACCAUUAGAGCACAAGAAAUCUGUAUUUAUGGCUCAUUUAGCGUCAGUACAAAAUGUGCAAGAGGUCCAAAUUGUUAGAAAUACAUUAUUAUCAAACAAAAAAGUUGCUAAAGCAACACAUAAUAUAAUGGCAUAUAGAAUUGUGCAAGAUAAUGGGGUGAUAUUACAAGAUAAUGAUGAUGAUGGAGAAACAGCAGCUGGUAGCAGAUUGCUUCAUUUAUUACAAAUUCUCGAUGCUAAAAAUGUAAUAGUGAUUGUCUCAAGGUGGUAUGGUGGCAUAAAAUUAGGACCAGAUCGAUUUAAAGACAUAAAUAAUUGCGCGAGAGAUUUACUUGAUAAAUAUGGAUAUAUGCAGAAUAGCAAUAGCAUUGAUCAAC